AUGUACAUGCCUACACGACUCAGAAAACGCUACCUGCGCCUUGCAAGGACUGCCCGCUCCCAUCGACACAAGAAGUCUCCGGUUGACACCAUCGAAAUUCUCUCUUCCGACUCCGAAAAUGAUUCCAUCGACGAUGACUCGGAGACGACAACCUGGAAAGGUGGAGUGUCCCACAAUGUUGAAGAGUGGACCGAAGAUGAUUGGGAGUGGGACAUCAACCGGGUAGAUGAGUGUGCCAGUGAGGAGGAAGUGGGCAUUCUGGACAUUGAGCCACUGAAUGAGGAAGAGGAGAUUGAAUGCCUUCGCGGCCAGAUGGAGAGGGAAAUGCAAACACUGCGUAGUUUGCAGCAGUGGGGAGGGAUAAUGAAGAAGCGAACGGCAAAGGAGUGGAAGAAGGCGGAAGUGACAGUGGGACGCAGCGUGCAUACCAAGGGCAGUCCUGGCGAGAGCACUGAGCGCCGACACCGCCAACUGGCGCGCGAGCGCGAAGUUGCCGCCGCAGCAUCCAAAAUAAGUUCUGAGUCUCAGACUUUCGUGAAGCAUUUUGGAGGCGUACCUGUUGCAAUACCCACAGUGUCUCCACCACCUUCGCUUCCGCCAGCUCCGCUGCCAGUUCCCAGUCCCGCAGCUUGGGAACCCCUUCCCAGUGACAUUCUCCAAGAUGGAGUCUUCGACCUCCAACGAUUCUUGCAAUUCCAAGCCAGCCAGUCAUCACCUCCACCUCCACCUGAGCCUGUACCCAUUCCCUCGACUUCCAAUGUGGCAAGCAGUAUCGAGAUUGAUGAUGACGAUGAUGUGUUUGUGGGCGGAUACGCGUCAGACUUCCAAGACGAGGAGUGGGAGUCUGACAACGAUGGUGAUGAGCAAGAGAGACAAGCAGUGAACGACAGUCACGCACCAACGAUUGCAGAACUAUUUCGUCGUCCUCGCAAACGCCGAAAACUCGAUGUACCUGUCCGUGUGGCUCGUCAGAAGGCACGGGAAGAACGGCUUAAGCAACAGACAGAUGCUCUGACAGCAAUAAACAAGCACAUUACUUCAAAGAAGACUGAAUUCCAGGCGGGACAAAACAGCCUCCAAGCACGGCGUGCUCGUUGCGUCCAAAGCUGUCUUCACAUGAUGGUUAAAGGUCAUCGGCGGCUGAUGGAUGCAUCUGUGCGAGCUGCAGAAGCCAAUGGAUUUGGACCAGAGUGGGGAAGUCGACUAACGCGCAUCUGGGUCCAUGACUGGAUUAACAGUCGUAUCCUCCCGCAAUCCAGCCGUGGCCACCAUUCAAAGACAGAGAGCUUGCUUGACGAUCCUGCCAUCCGCGACGAAUUGCUGUCAUAUCUCCGCUCUAACAAGUGGGUUACCGAUCCGGCAAAGUUCUCUGAAUUCGUGCGAGCCAAAUUUGUCUCACCUCAAGCCCAAGAAUAUCUUCGACAUCUGGUCGACGAUGAGAUACCCAAAGCCCUUCGAAAGUCGGUUUGGGACAAACAAUCUCGCUUUCGACAGCUCGCGAAUGGCUGGCCAAAUUCGGCUGGAAAUAUCAAGAACAUAAAAAGGCUCUUUAUUAUGAUGGACAUGAGCGACCGGAUGUGGUGGCUUACCGACAGAAGGAAUUCAUUCCCGCAAUGUUGA